ACGGCGGCGGCGGCGGCGGCUACACGGAGUGGAAGGCAAAAUGGCGUCGGCGGCGACGGCCUGGUGCUGAGGGGAGAGCCAGGUCCUCGCGACCCCGCGUUGGGCCGCGCUGGCCGGCCGCAGCUCCCCCGGCGUGCGUCCCCGCCCUGCCCCGAUCCCGAACCCCGCGCGACCCUCGGGGCCUCCGGGGAAGGGCUCCGGCCCGCCGCGGCGCCGGCCCUCGGGCCCGUGGCCGCUGUCCAGGAGCCCCGCUCUCCCCCUGGCAGGUUAAUCACUUCGAUUGUAAAGGACUUUAACAUUCCUGGGAACGUCCCUUUCACCUUUGCUCAGAAGGAAUCUCUGAGUCCGUGGGUUAGCUCCUGAAGAAGUGCUUCACGGGGGCCACAUAUAGAUGCUUUCAUGAAGAGGGGUGAAAAACCAGAAGGGUACAGACAGAUGAGGCCUAAGACCUUUCCUGCCAGUAACUACCCUGGCAGCAGCCGGCAGAUGCUGCAGGAGAUCCGAGAAUCCCUGAGGAAUUUAUCCAAACCAUCUGAUGCUGCAAAGGCCGAGCAUGACCUGAACAAGAUGUCGACUGAAGAUCCCAGGCAAGUGAGAAACCCACCCAAAUUUGGCACACACCAUAAAGCCUUGCAAGAAAUUCGAAACUCUCUGCUACCAUUCGCAAAUGAAACGAGUUCUUCCCGGAGCCCUUCAGAAGUCAACCCACAGAUGUUUCAGGAUUUGCAGGCUGCUGGCUUUGAUGAGGACAUGGUUAUUCAAGCUCUUCAGAAAACUAAUAACAGAAGCAUAGAAGCAGCUGUUGAAUUCAUUAGUAAAAUGAGUUACCAAGAUCCUCGUCGAGAGCAGAUGGCUGCAGCGGCUGCCAGACCUAUUAAUGCCAGCAUGAAACCAGGAAAUGUGCAACAAUCAAUUAAUCGAAAACAAAGCUGGAAAGGUUCUAAAGAGUCUUUGGUUCCUCAGAGACAUGGCCCACCUCUAGGAGAAAAUGUGGUCUAUCGUUCUGAAAGCCCCAACUCACAGGCAGAUGUAGGAAGACCCCUGUCUGGCUCUGGCAUUACAGCAUUUACUCAAGCUCACCCAAGCAACGGACAGAGAGUGAAUCCCCCACCACCACCUCAAGUUAGAAGUGUUACUCCUCCACCACCUCCAAGAGGCCAGACUCCCCCUCCACGAGGCACAACUCCACCUCCCCCCUCAUGGGAACCAAACUCUCAGACAAAGCGUUAUUCUGGGAGCAUGGAAUACGUAAUCUCCCGAAUCUCUCCUGUUCCACCUGGGGCAUGGCAGGAGGGCUACCCUCCAGCACCUCUUAACACUUCUCCCAUGAAUCCUCCUAACCAGGGACAGAGAGGCAUUAAUUCUGUUCCAGUUGGCAGACAACCAAUCAUCAUGCAAAGUACUAACAAAUUUAACUUUCCACCAGGGAGACCUGGAGUUUCAAAUGGUGGUGGUCAGACCGAUUUUAUCAUGCACCAAAAUGUUGUUCCUGCUGGUGCUAUGAAUCGGCAGCCACCACCUCCAUACCCUCUCACCCCAACUAAUGGACAAAGCCCUUCUGCUUUACAAACAGGGGGAUCUGCUGCUCCUCCAUCCUAUGCAAAUGGAAAUAUUCCUCAAUCAAUGAUGGUGCCAAACAGGAACAGUCAUAACAUGGAGCUUUAUAAUAUUAAUGUACCUGGACUGCAAACAACUUGGCCCCAGUCAUCUUCUGCUCCUGUCCAAUCAUCCCCAAGCAGUGGGCAUGAAAUUCCUACAUGGCAACCUAACAUACCAGUGAGGUCAAAUUCUUUUAAUAACCCAUUAGGAAGUAGACCAAGUCACUCUGCUAAUUCUCAGCCUUCAGCCACUACAGUCACUGCGAUCACACCAGCUCCUAUUCAGCAGCCUGUGAAAAGCAUGCGUGUCUUGAAACCAGAGCUGCAGACUGCUUUAGCCCCUACCCAUCCUUCUUGGAUGCCACAGCCAAUUCAGACUGUUCAGCCUACCCCUUUUCCUGAGGGUACAGCUUCAAAUGUGCCUGUCAUUCCACCUGUUGCUGAAGCUCCAAGCUAUCAAGGUCCACCACCACCUUAUCCAAAACAUCUGCUACACCAAAACCCAUCUGUCCCUCCAUAUGAGUCAAUAAGUAAACCAUGCAAAGAUGAUCAGCCUAGCUUACCCAAGGACGAUGAUGGUGAGAAAAGUUUGGAAAAUGUUGAUAGUGGGGAUAAAGAAAAGAAACAGAUUACAACUUCACCUAUCACUGUUAGGAAAAACAAGAAAGAUGAAGAACGAAGAGAAUCUCGUAUUCAGAGUUACUCCCCUCAGGCAUUUAAAUUCUUUAUGGAGCAACACGUGGAAAAUGUCCUGAAAUCUCAUCAGCAGCGUCUGCAUCGGAAGAAACAGUUAGAAAAUGAAAUGAUGCGGGUUGGAUUGUCUCAAGAUGCCCAGGAUCAAAUGAGAAAGAUGCUUUGCCAGAAAGAGUCUAACUAUAUUCGUCUUAAAAGGGCUAAAAUGGACAAGUCUAUGUUUGUGAAGAUAAAGACACUAGGAAUAGGAGCGUUUGGUGAAGUCUGUCUAGCAAGAAAAGUUGAUACUAAAGCUUUGUAUGCAACAAAAACUCUGCGAAAGAAAGAUGUUCUACUUCGAAAUCAAGUUGCUCAUGUUAAAGCCGAGAGAGAUAUUCUGGCUGAAGCUGACAAUGAAUGGGUGGUUCGCUUGUAUUACUCAUUCCAGGAUAAGGACAAUUUGUACUUUGUGAUGGACUACAUUCCUGGGGGUGAUAUGAUGAGCCUAUUAAUUAGAAUGGGCAUCUUUCCAGAAAAUCUGGCACGAUUCUACAUAGCAGAACUUACCUGUGCAGUUGAAAGUGUUCAUAAAAUGGGUUUUAUUCAUAGAGACAUUAAACCUGAUAACAUUUUGAUUGACCGAGAUGGCCAUAUUAAAUUGACUGACUUUGGUCUGUGCACUGGCUUCCGAUGGACACAUGAUUCCAAGUACUACCAGAGUGGGGAUCAUCCACGGCAAGAUAGCAUGGAUUUCAGUAAUGAAUGGGGAGAUCCCUCCAACUGUCGGUGUGGAGACAGACUAAAGCCACUAGAACGGAGAGCUGCACGCCAGCACCAGCGGUGUCUAGCACAUUCUUUGGUUGGGACUCCCAAUUAUAUUGCACCUGAAGUACUACUACGAACAGGAUAUACACAGUUGUGUGAUUGGUGGAGUGUUGGUGUUAUUCUUUUUGAAAUGUUGGUGGGACAGCCUCCUUUCUUGGCACAAACACCAUUAGAAACACAAAUGAAGGUUAUCAACUGGCAAACUUCUCUUCACAUUCCCCCUCAAGCUAAGCUGAGUCCUGAAGCCUCUGACCUCAUCAUCAAACUCUGCCGAGGACCAGAAGAUCGCCUAGGCAAGAAUGGUGCUGACGAAAUAAAGGCUCACCCAUUCUUUAAAACCAUUGAUUUCUCCAGUGAUCUGAGACAGCAGUCUGCUUCAUAUAUCCCCAAAAUCACACACCCAACAGAUACGUCCAAUUUUGACCCUGUUGAUCCUGAUAAGUUGUGGAGUGAUGAUAAUGAGGAAGAAAAUAUCAAUGACACUCUGAACGGCUGGUAUAAAAACGGAAAGCACCCUGAACAUGCUUUCUAUGAGUUUACCUUUCGGAGGUUUUUUGAUGACAAUGGCUACCCAUACAAUUAUCCAAAGCCUAUUGAAUAUGAAUACAUUAAUUCACAAGGCUCUGAGCAACAGUCUGAUGAAGAUGAUCAACACGCAGGCUCAGAUGUAAAAAACCAUGAUCUAGUAUAUGUUUAAUAGACUAGGAGAUAAUUGUAAGAAUUUGCAGAAAGACCUGAAAUGCAGGGGUUUUUUAGGUUUUGAGAAGAUUAUGCAAAUGUGACAGAGUUUGUGCUCUGUGUACAAUAUUUUAUUUUCCUAAAUUAGGGGAAAUUGUUUUAAAAUGUUAAUUUAUUCCACCCUUUUAAUUCAGUAAUUUAGAAUAAAUUGUUAUAAGGAAAGUAAAUUAUGAGCUGAGUAUUAUAGUCAGUUCUUGGUACUUUGUUAUAAGGAAAAUAAAUUAUGAGCUGAGUAUUAUAGUCAGUUCUUGGUACUUAAAGUACUUAAAAAAUACUGCUCUGUCUAAAAAGAGAAACCUGGUAUCUAUUUGUAUAUAUGCUAAAUAAUUUAAAAUUCAAGAGUUUUUGAAAAGUUUUAUCUUGCUUUAACCAAAUAUGAAACAUAUCCAUAUUUCCCCUGUAACUUUGGUUUUAGUUCACAAUAAGCUAAAUAAAGUAAGCUAUCAUUUCAGAAGGUGUACCUAGGCUAAUGCUAAUCUGGAAAUCAUAUCCUGGAAUCACGAAUACAGAGCAGAAAAAAAUGAGUUCACUAGAAAUAAUGCAGUUUACCCCUUCCCUCCACAAAAAUCUUUAACCUAGCAUUUCCUCUCAAUUACUGACUUUAAAAGAAGUCAGGGCACUACUAGUUUGUUUCCAUAUUGGUAUUAAUGCUGCUUCCAGUUUUAAAAGGGAACAAAGUUGCCAUAAAUCAAAUUUUCAAAUACUGAAAACUAAGAUCUGUAAUAUUUUUAUCUUAAAAUUAGAAGAAAAAUUUCCAUCUCCUAAUCAAAGAAAUUAGUUUCAGUUUGUAAAAUGUUGAUUAGAAUUUAUUUGUAUGGACUCACUAAGAAAGUACUUUCCUAGGGGCUGGGGAUAUAACUUAGUGGUAGAGCACUUGCCUAACAUACACAAAGCCCUGGGUUCAAUCCCCAGCACCGCUGUCCCCCAAAGGUACCUUGGCUGUACAGCGACUAAUCUUGAUUGUGUCGUCAAUGCUGUAGAUUUCCUCUUUCAGAAUAGUGCUACAAUGCAAGUCACUGGCACAGGAAAAUGUUUCUAUUGGCACUAUUAUACCUAAGAGUAGAUUAAUUGGUUAAAAAAGAAUUAUUAACUCCUAAUUGGGAUGACCAUUCCUAAUUAGAAGAAGAUAUAUAGUGGUUUAGAAAUUGAAGGUUUCCUAACUUAUUUAAGAUUAAUGUGCCUAUUUAUAUAAUGUUUAGGUUCUAAGGAAGAAUUGUGGCUUCAUAACAAAAUGCAUAGUAACAUCUUUUAGAAAGAAGAAUUGGGCUGUAUUCUGACCCUAGUAAAGUUUGUAUGUUAUUUCCUUUUAUCUUAAGUUUACUGACAUGAAUUGCUUUAUCAGACUCAUUGUUUGUGGAUAGGAAUGAAAUUUACCUAUCUAGCUUUCUUGUAAAAGACAAUUUGUUUGAAACCAUGUGUAUAAUAAAAUUAAAGUCAGUUAUUUGGUUGAAUUGAGGAAAGAAAAAAUUAUUAGGUUAUUAGCUUACAUUUUCAUGUCCAGUUUAGAACCUGUUGCAGUGUAAGGGUGGACCUUUGGGGUUUCUGGUUCUUUUGAAAUGGAAGCUUUGUGAACUUUAGCCCUAGUGAAAAAGUGCAUGUCAACACAUACACAGAAAGUGUUGCAUGCACUUCCAGGGGUCCCUGAAUAUGAUUUAAAAAAAAAAAAAUCCUUAGACAACAGAUUAAAGACCUACAUCCUGUAAGUAAAUUGCUACAUUAAACUGAAAACUCUUAAUUUAUUGCACAGUCCUAGAUGAGCACAUUUUGUAAAAACAAUGAUGAUCUGUCAUUGGAAAGGUUUCUAGAGCACGAUGUGAUGACCCUGUGAAUGCUGGCACAACACUGACAUGUUCUAAACACUGUUUUUGAGGGCACUAAAAUGUCUAGUGUUAUUGUAAGAGAAUGUGCUAUCAUGAAACAGCCUUUAAAUCAUGGGCAUUGGAAUAAUCUGUAAACUCCUAUGCAAAACAUACUUAUUCAAGAAUUUUUUACUUGGUCCCCACAUUUGAGCUUUCUCACUCAGAUUUACAUUUUCAUUUAGUGGUUUUACUCAUGGAUUAUGGUGCAAUACAGUAGAAAAUCAACUUCAUCAUGUUCACACUGCAGGAAAACAAAGGUGCUGUCUUUCCCUUUCCAUGACCAUGUCUCCUCAGAAUAUAAAGACCACAAAUUCUGUGUUCUUCUGAACGCCUCUGACAGUAUAAGUGUCUAAUAUUUGCUGGAGGCAGUAUACAAGCAUUGGUAUCUGUGAUUUUAGUAUUUUAUCCACAAUUUUAAUAUUUUGGAUACUCAUAUUGGCUAUUUUAUUCCCUGACUACAUCCAGUUUUUCCAGCCUGAAGCUGGUGCUUUCUGAGCAGCAAUGAGAACAGUAUAAAACCUGGACACUCAACUGCAGCAAGGUGAAGACACUGUUCUCCAUGCUGUCCCAGAAAACUGGCUGUCUGUGUACUUGCCCCUUUAAUGCGGAUCAAUAGUAUUUAUAAAAUGCGUUCUAUAAUUAUGUAUUGUACAUACUGUUGUGUAUUCAGUGACGUCCUGAGGCAGGCCCUGUUGCUGUAUCUGACCUACCUUCCUAUUUGUAAUAGAAACUAUAGAAUGUAUGACUAAGAAGUCACUUUGAGAUUGACUUUUUAAAAAAGUUAUUUCCUUCUGCUGUUGAGAAGUGCAAAACUGUGAGUGGAAAUGUUUAUUCUGACUUAAUAAUACGUUAGAAAUUAGAAACACAGUGGGAGGAGUUUUAGAUAUGCUGCUGCUGUUACCCAAGGUACUUUAGAAAUUUUUCUUUAAUAAACAAAAUAUCCCUUUGAUAUUUAAAGUGAAAGUCUUUUUGUUUUUUAAUCUAAAAUAAAACGUAAUUUGGGUCAACAUUGGUAUAUUUAUAAAGUGCCUUAGUUAUAUUCCUUUGUGGAGGGCACUUCCCAGUUUACUUUUAUAUUGUAUUAUGUAUAUAAGUAUUUUGUAUUAAAGUGGAAUCAAUGGCAACACUACCAUUUUAUAAAAUAAUGCUUUGCUAGAAAAAAGAAUUACAGCUUUGCAAUAUAACAACGGUUUUGCGUAUUUCUGAAUGUAAUAGAACAAAUAAUCAGUCUGAAUGAAUCUAUUUGUAUUUUCCCAAUCAUUUCCACUAGUGUAACAUUUGCUGGGAUAAUAAAAAAGAAAAAAAGCAAAAUUCAAGUCUUUCAA